CGUGUGUGAAAAUGCUUGUUCAGCACUUGUGUCCUAAUGCAUGAAGAUCUCCGGUGGAAUCUCGCUGGCCAUUCACGGCAUGUUCUCCUGCCACACGAGGGCCAGGAUGGAGCAGAUGUUGUUGAAAUGUGUUGGGUAACCAUGGUGAUGGAGGGUUUGAGAUCAGUGAGACGUCACAGAGAACGCUCCGAGAGAAGCUUCAUAAAGCGUCAAAAAGACUUCCAGCAGCCAAUCGAUUGGUUUUCAGGUGAGUCAUGGCCGCUACGGGCAAACCCGUGAACUCUGCUCAGCGUAUGGUUUCAUCUCCUCUAUACAUCACCUUCUACAUCUUACUGGUGCUGCUGGGGAACCUGGGUAAUGCCACGGUCAUCGGUGUGGUCGGAGAAAGCAUUUUGUGGAGUCAAGGAGUCAUCCGCAGCGCCGAUGUCAUUCUGGUCAACAUGGCUUUCUCCAACCUAAUGGUGUCGUUGGUGAGAAACUCUCUUCUGGUGGUGUCUGACCUGGGAAUAGAGAUUUUCCUGAAUAAAGGCUGGUGUCGUUUCAUGAUGGGCGUCUGGGUUUGGUUGCGCUCUGCGAACGUUUGGUCGACAUUCUUUCUCAGCGCGUUUCAUUUUCAAACUCUUCGCCGGGUCGCUCCACCUAUGGUCAACCUGCACGGCCCCCGCAAGCUUCCCAAAUCCCUCAUCCUCUGCUUCUUCCUCAUCUGGAGUCUCAAUCUCCUCUACUCCAUCCCAGCGUUUACUUUCUCCAAAAACGGAGACGAGAACUCCACCGAGUCAUUGAUGUUGGUGAGCAGCACGACUCGACCGCUGUUGGGUUGCGUUUGGGACUUUCCAUCCACUUACAGCGGCUUGGUCUUCGCCACCUCCUCCAUGGUGAUACACGAGAGCAUUCCCAUCUUCCUGAUGAGUAUCACUAAUGUGGGAUCCCUGCUGACGCUCUAUUCCCACGGAAUGACACGGAGCGCCGCUCACAAGACUCAGGAUGCACCAAUCAUCAUCCGGAUCCCUGCCGAGAGACGUGCGGCUAAGGUGAUUCUGGCACUCAAUAUUCUCUUCAUCGCCUCAUGGGGCACCAGCAUCAUCUCUGUCAACUACUUCAACUAUAACCGCGGAUCAUCCGCUGAGUUUCUGCUUGUCGUGGCUCGCAUCGGCAACAUCACCUUCAUCGCCCUGUCGCCCAUCGUCCUCGCCGUGGGACACCGGAGACUCCGAGCGUUCAUCAAGUCACUCCUGUCUCGUGUCGUCUGACACACAAGAGGAAGCCUUUGAAUAGCAAAGACUUUUUUCUGAAUCAAGAAAAUAACUUGACUGUGAUUAUGUGUAUAACGUUAGAAUUUGAUCUUUAAAAAAGUUGCAUUUUCUGUCGAUCUUGAGAUUCUGUGACACAGCAGAUGACCUCGUUUGAUCCUGAAGGAAUUCUGUGUGUGUUUGAGACAUCUGUCCGAUCACUCUUCACAUGUCUGGAGCACUGAGCUGUUGUCCUGUGUGUCUACUGACAUCUAGUGACCAACUAUUACAAGCUCCAUUUAAACAGACAAAACUGAGAAUUCUGUCGUCAUUUACUCAUCCUCACGUCAUGCCGCGUGUCUUUCUUCAGAGAUUUUAAAGAGAAACACUGAACUCCAUGGA